CCGGCGACCAUGGCGUUCGCCGGGCUGGAGCGAGUACAUUAACCCCGGGAGGCGGCGGCGGCUGCGGCGGCGACGAGGGAGCGAGCCUCGAGCGGGCGGGCCCAGCCUGAGGGAAGGGAGGAAGGGGCGGGGAGAGCGCCGGAGGGAGGCCGGUCGGCCGCGGGCGGGCGGGCUUGCAGCGCAGCGCCGAGCGGGGCCCGCGGGCCCAUGAGGAGGCCCGGGGACCAUGGGCUCCAGGAUCAAGCAGAACCCAGAGACCACGUUUGAAGUCUACGUUGAAGUGGCCUAUCCGAGGACGGGUGGCACUCUUUCAGAUCCUGAGGUGCAGAGGCAAUUCCCGGAGGACUACAGUGACCAGGAAGUUCUACAGACUUUGACCAAGUUUUGUUUCCCCUUCUAUGUGGACAGCCUCACAGUGAGCCAAGUUGGCCAGAACUUCACGUUCGUGCUCACUGACAUUGACAGCAAGCAGAGAUUUGGGUUCUGCCGCUUAUCUUCAGGAGCGAAGAGCUGCUUCUGUAUCUUAAGCUAUCUUCCCUGGUUCGAAGUAUUUUAUAAGCUGCUUAACAUCUUGGCGGAUUAUACAACAAAAGGCCAGGAGAAUCAGUGGAAUGAGCUUCUUGAAACUCUGCACAAACUUCCCAUUCCCGACCCAGGAGUGUCUGUUCAUCUCAGCGUGCAUUCUUAUUUUACUGUGCCUGAUACUAGAGAACUUCCCAGCAUACCCGAGAAUAGAAAUCUGACAGAAUAUUUUGUAGCCGUGGAUGUAAACAACAUGUUACAUCUGUAUGCCAGUAUGCUGUAUGAACGCCGGAUUCUCAUCGUCUGCAGCAAACUCAGCACUCUGACCGCCUGCAUCCACGGGGCCGCCGCCAUGCUGUACCCCAUGUUCUGGCAACACGUGUACAUCCCUGUCCUGCCUCCGCACCUGUUGGACUACUGCUGUGCUCCCAUGCCCUACCUCAUAGGAAUCCAUUUAAGUUUAAUGGAGAAAGUCAGAAACAUGGCCCUAGAUGAUGUCGUGAUCCUCAACGUGGACACCAACACCCUGGAAACUCCCUUUGAUGACCUUCAGAGCCUCCCAAAUGAUGUGAUCUCGUCCCUGAAGAACCGGCUAAAGAAGGUGUCCACAACUACUGGCGAUGGUGUGGCCAGGGCCUUCCUCAAGGCCCAGGCGGCUUUCUUUGGCAGCUACCGAAAUGCUCUGAAAAUUGAGCCGGAGGAGCCAAUCACCUUCUGUGAGGAAGCCUUCGUGUCCCACUAUCGCUCAGGAGCCAUGAGGCAGUUCCUGCAGAACGCGACCCAGCUGCAGCUCUUCAAGCAGUUUAUAGAUGGAAGACUGGACCUUCUCAAUUCCGGCGAAGGUUUCAGUGACGUUUUCGAAGAGGAGAUCAGCAUGGGCGAGUACACUGGCAGCGAUAAACUCUACCAUCAGUGGCUCUCCACAGUCCGGAAAGGAAGCGGAGCAAUUCUGAAUACCGUGAAAACGAAAGCGAACCCGGCCAUGAAGACGGUCUAUAAAUUUGCAAAAGAUCAUGCAAAAAUGGGAAUAAAAGAGGUGAAAAACCGCUUGAAGCAAAAGGACAUCACCGAGAAUGGCUGUGCCCCCACUGCGGAAGAGCAGUUGCCGAAGACCGUGCCGUCCCCGCUGGUGGAGGCCAAGGACGCGAAGCUCCGAGAAGACCGGAGGCCAAUCACUGUCCACUUCGGACAGGCCUGCGCCAGAGCAGCUCGGAAUCCAGCUCCCUGCCAGGGAGAUAUUGAGCCCAGCAGGACAAGAGCAGGAAAUCUGAUUCAGCGAGACCAGAGGAGGCAUUUUCUCAGAUUAGAAUUCUCUGUGCCAAAGCCACAAAGACUCCGUCCCACCCGCCCGCCGCCGCCCAAGAUACAGCGCUCGAGGCCCGUACGCCCGCCCCGUCCGCACGUCGUGAAGAGACCGAAAAGCAACAUCACAGUGGAAGGCCGGAGAACUUCUAUCUCAAGCCCUGAGCACUCCAGCUGGCAAGACCAAGUUCUUGAAACACAGGAAGCAUCCAGCGGAAAAUAUUUUAAUAAAACAGACUCCUCAUAAAAUAUUGUUCUGCGGGGGAAAGAAACCAGCUCCACCAAUCUGUCAGCAUUGUGCUGGGAGACACGAGAAGACAAGCCGGCAGGCAGGAGCCAGAUCCUAAUGGGCCUUUGUUGCGGGUGGUUCCGUGUGGGGCACAUGGACUCCGUGCCUGGCCCUUUAAUCUGGCCUGGAUUUUGUGGACUCACGGAUCUCUGUCUCCACUGGGAAUAUCAAAGUACACGGCAACUUAGAGGGUUUGGCCCGCAGAGAGAGAUACAGGAUCUUUGAAGUGGCGGGAGGGGUUCAGUCGUCCUGACUUCUCGCCCCAACUCUCACUUCCAAACAGCACAUUAAAUAAUUAACUUUGUGGACAGCAAGACGGAGCUGAUUAACAAUAAGACAGUCUCCCUGGCCUCCCGCAGCAGCUCAGCGUCUGGAAUUCAUCAAGGCCCGGUAGCAUCGGCUGCCAGCUCUGCGGCCGGGCCCUCCAUCGGAUCCAGUUUUUUCCUUCCAGAUGAUGUCCAUCUGUCCAUUCACGCAUCCGUUCACUCCACAGAGAGCUUCCAAAACCGACCCGGUGUGAGCGAUUUGGGAUGUUUAAGACAAGGCCUUUAAAGACAAUCCCCUUGCUGACUCUUCUGUGACUCGCAUUUUCCUGAAACAAAAUUUCUCGUAUGUCAGAUGUCCUUUCUUCAUCAAAGGUGGGUGUCCUCGCCCCUCUAAAGCCAUCCGAUGACAACGGGAAGAACGCUUCCGAAAGAUUUCCGGGGAAAACAUUCCCUCUGUUUUUCAGCUAACACUUGUUAAUUAAUAUUCAGUGAUGAUUUCUCCUCAAGAAGUACUAGCUACUUGCAUUAUUAUUCAGGACGGGCUGAUGGAAGGCCCUGAGGGUUCCCUAGGGUGAGAGCUCGGGCCAGGAGGGGUCAGGCAGCACGGGCUGUGGGUCAGAGGCCGUCCAGCAGCAAGUGCAGUCGAGCACCUCUUGUGUUCUAGGCCCUCUUCUGCUGGUGUUUGUUUCUUCUUGCACCGAAGGGGAACUCAGCAAAUAUAUGUGCUCAGUGUUCCCGGGUCACCCGGCUAGAAGGUGGCAGAGCGAGGACUCCAGAUGCUGCUUGAUUCAUUUUCUCAGCUACACUCUGCUGCCCGCAGGGGUCCCUGGUCAGUUUGGCUUUGCCUAGAGAGACGGUUCUGGGUCCUGUGUUCUAAGAUGACUUGCCCCACACGCCUCUCUUCUUCUCUGUCUCCUCAAAAUCGGGAAUUGGAGCUGUUCUGUCCACCAGUGUCCCCUGGUGUCUGAGUGUUUCUACCUGGAGAAGGAAAGACAAGCAACACUGACUGAACGUCCUUGGGACUGUGAAGGGGAGGUGGUAGCUUUCACAUCUAACAGGGAAACUGAGGCUUAGUGGGGGACUUUAUAGUAGAACUAGCGCAGGGUCUGCAGGCUAGAAACUGGUAGCAUCAGCUGUCUGCUGACACAGACCUUACCCCUUCCUCUGUACCAUCCAGCCUUUUUGUUGAGAACCUAAAUAGGACCAUGAGCUACUCUGAGUGAUGGGGACAGUGGUGGCGGGAGGGGGCACGAUGAGGUCCCCAUCUCCCACCUGCGAACGGUCAUUUCAGCCGCAGUGUGCGUGGCUGUCAGGCCCCAGCUUAUGUCCCCCUCACCUUGCCAGGUGUAAGAGAAUUUCCCACUGAAUGUGAUGCUUAGAAGGAGCCAACAGCAGUCUCUAGAAGGCCGCACCGUGCUCAGGACUGCCCAGCCGUCAGGAUCACACCCAGCAUUCAGAGGAGGCCAAAGGCAGGGAGUCACCUGCUGGUCCCCAGGCGCCCCUCUCUGCCAGGUUGCCUGUCAUUUGUUCCCCACAGCGGGGGCCGGGCAGUACCCCUCUCAGAGUCGAGGAGGGUACACAGGGACGUGGUCAGCCUCCACCUUGUUUAACCUUAACAGCCCAGAAGGGGGCAGUUCGCUGUCUUCUGAGCCUUAAUGGCCAAGAGGCUGACAGUCAGGGUAGCUCAGAGACGCACACAGGGCCGACCAGCUGCACAGCCUGAACUCGUGACCGCACACCUCUGUCUCCCCUCCGGCAGGUGAGCCCCACAGCACCCUCACGGGGGUCCUAUCUACGGGCUGGUUAUUUGAAGUUUCGUUGUACUGAGUAGGAGUGGUCCAGAUUCAGGCGCCGAGGGCCCACCAGCCAUCUUCCGGCUCACCUGGCUGACCGGAUUUGUACAAAAUCUGCUCUUUUCAAACAAUUUCUGUGUGUCUGUAAAAAAUAACCCGAUAACCUUAUAAUCCAGGAGUUUGGGAAAAGACACAAGUUCAUUCUGAACCUCACUCCUUGUUAGCAUUUCUGCAGCUUCCCCUCCGGGGUUUGUCCUGUAGAUCAUUUGCAGAGCCGCAAUCUCCUUGCUGUACUCCAGCCGCUGGACUCGCCCCGUGUCCUUGUAACCCCCGCUGCUCACAGCUGUGGCAGGAUCCCGCUUGGUGUGCAGGCGUGGUCCGCCUCACUACACCCCUCAUACUGGUCUGUAGAUUGUUCUAGGGGUUCACGAACAUGAAACACCAAAAUAAAUACCCUUGUUCUUAAAGCUUUUCUCAUUUGAUACCAUCCAAGGAAUGGAACGAUUAACAGCUACCAUUAGCCAAGAACUACCAGCUGAGCACCUUGCGUACGCCAUUUCACUUAAUCCUCAAGAAAUCCGGGGGAGUAGGUAUUGUUAGCUCGAUUUUAUAGGAGUAGCUGCGACCCUGAGAGGUUGUCACCGCCCUGUACCCCAAGUCCUAGAGGCAGAUUUCUGUUCCAUGUUGCUAAAGAACUUGCUAAAAGAAUUGUACCACUUUAUACUCCCACCAAAACUCUGGACUCCCUGUGAAUCUGGGUCUGGGGGACCCAGAGGAACAUGCAUUAGAAAUCCUUCUGAGCAAGGAGAAAUCCUACGGGUUGCUCUGGCCGGACAGACGGACAGACAGUCUGUGCACCAAACUGCCGGCCCACGCCGCUUAAGGAUGGCAGAGUCUCGUCAUCCAACUUGCACCACGUGACCCCAGCACCCAAAGCCCCAGAAGAUUAAAAUAAGAUCAGAAGAAGCUGCCAGAAGCAUUUAGUGAGAGCUCUGCCCAAAGACGAGGUCUCAGAACUCUGCAGCUGUGUCUCUUCGGCCAGUGGCACACAAUGGGCUGCUCCCCACCAUCUCAAGACCUGGGCUUGGCACGGCCUCAGUGGUGCUGGCCAUGGCUCACACACGGGUAGACCCCCUCUCUCUCCCCACCAGGCCCAGAGCUGCCCCAGGGUGUGUGGUUGGUGAGCCACUAGGCUGGUGGGCUGGUGCGUGGGAGGCAGGGGGGCUCUGGCACCCCACAGCGGCCAGCCAGAGACCCUGGGCAAGACUCUCUCCCCUCUUUUUUCCAACACAAGGACUGUUCACAUCCCAAAGAGCACAAUUUGGGGAACUGCCCACAGGAGCCACACUAGCAUCCUAAGGUGGCUGGUACACCGGUCUCCCCUCCCGCAGCGGCCUAAUGCUCACCCUGGUGCCUCCCCAUGAGCUGGACCCUCCUCUCCCCACACCCACAGUCCACCCACUUCCCCGGAUACAGGGCCGACCUUCCACGUUGCAGUAUUCCCUUUAUGUGACACACAGGCGCGGGUGCACACAUGCACCCCGCCCCCCCGGCCUCCUUCUCCCGCCCACCACUUGGGGGUCUGGGAGCUCCUCUAGGGCCGGGCCCUUUAGCUUCGACUCUUGGACUCCUGGACCAGAGCCUCGGCCAGACCUCUGCUCCAGGAUGUUUCCUAAAUGAAUGAAUAAGGGAAUCACUGAAGGCAGCCUGAAGCUGAUAGGUCAGCACCCUGAACAUGGCGAAGGGCUGUCAGUUAACCAUAAACGUGUAAAGAGCACCUACUACAUGCCAGAUGUGAUUGGGUUGUGACUCUGAGGCUACCAGCCCCUCUCCCGCCCAGAGCCAUUUAAGAGCCAGAAACUGCCAUCCGCCCCAGGAGCCAGUCUCCAAGAUGCCAGCUGGGCCCUGGGCCCCGGGGGUGGGGACAGCUGUCUAGGUACGACCCACUGGCAGCCUUCCAGGACCUACUCCCUGAGUGGCCAGGAGUCCAAACACCAGAGCAGAAGGUCCCAGACCCAAUUAGCAAUGUGAGAGGCCCCUGACCCAACUCAGGCCCCCAAUUCCCUCUCCAACAGUGGGUUCCGGGCCCUGGAGACAAAGCCAUGCCAGGAGCCAGACGUGGGUCUGAGCCCAGACUGAAAAGCAGGAACUGCCACGGAGUCCCCAGGGACGGACAGCAGCAGGAAAACACAGGUUUCCCUCAUCCGCAGCCACUUUUGCCUGACGGCCGAAGGGAAGGACCUCUCCAAGGAGCAGUCGAGACAGGAGUUAGUGCCCCGCCUGUAAGACUUGCUGGUUUCAGCCCCCUCCAAAAGCUUUGCCGCCUCCCCUGAGCCCCUCCCUCUUCCCAGCAUCACGGCGCCGUGUCUCAUGCCUGUUUCAGGCUGGCACUUCCACAUGUCACCUUGGUUAACCUCCCCACACCCCAAAAGUCUUCGCGGUGCAGGUGUGUUGGCCUGUUCAGCCAUGAAGGAAGCAAAGCUCUAACACAGGUGGAAUGACCUACCUUGGAUCCAGAAUGUGCACCCACGCCCGCGUCCACUGCUCUCUCACCAGACACCCUGCCCUCCACCACGGCUCCCACGGUCCCCACAAAAGACUCAGGCUCAUGGCAGGCAAAGGCCAUCUUCGGGGAGAGAGGGGCAGUUGUUUCUCACAAUCUAUACAACUUCUUUUCCAGAUAGGAAAAGUGUGGAAGGUGGCCCCAUCCCCCCAAGAUGUCCCCAUCCCCAUCUUCCCUCUACUAAGGAGCCUGAAGAGUGAGACAGUAGAGUGAAGCCCUUGUCCUGCGUUCGGGCCUCUCCACCCAUGCGUGUGUUCACCCAGUGGCCCGGGAAGGACUUCUCAGGGUGUCUGGAGGCAGGGGUGUGGACAUGUGAAAUUGACACUGGUGAUUUUUUGAAAGAAGGGAUGAAUGAAUGAGUGUAUGAUGAGUACAGUGAGUACAGUGAGGUUGAUAAUGUAGUCAAACAGAUGGACUCACACAGAUCAGAAAGGCAAAGGGCAUAACGAGCCCGAGAGAGAGAGAGAUGGAGCCAAGCCAGUAAGGUCCCCUGCUGCCUCCACAGCCCCCACAUCACUCCCUAACCCCUCCUGUCGUCUCGGUCCUCAUGCAGGUUCAAGACCCUCCACCACCUGGUGUCUGCCAACCCUGCCAGCCCCUUUUCUCAAAACCCCCACCCUAACCUCAAGCCCCGUGUGCCCACUCCUCCCAGGGACACCUGCAGCCUCCUCCGUACUCGUGACUGAAAGCGCAGCUCCCGCAUCACCUCCCAAGGGAGCCUCCUCCGAGAUCCCCUGAGCCAAGUAUACCCCCACCACUGCCCUCUGGCAAAGCAAGUCCCCAGUGGUGUGAGAAAAACCUGAUCUCACAGCCACCUGUCCCCAGAAGGCCAGUUCACCUGACAGGCAGAACUGGUGAUCGUGACUCAUUACAGCAGUGAUUCUGUCUUAUUGUUUCACAGUAGAGACUCACGUACAGCGGCGUGGAAAGACCCAGUGUCCAGCAGGUUCUCCAUCUGUCUCCUCUUUCUCCUUGGAAAUGGUCCUAGCCAUUAGCCCAGGUCACACAGAGGAUAGCGCCAGCGCCGGUCCAGAGCUUCCCCGCCGUGGGUCUCACACCAAGCUCGUUUCCCCCAAAGACCACCCUGACUUGCUUCAGAGUCUUGUUCUAUUGUUUUCACCUGUGCACAUGCUCAAGCAUGGUCUGGGGUCCCGGCCCCACAUUACGGUGAUGGGGAGAUGGCGUGACCGGAUCCCCAGAAGGGUUCUGUCCGGUAAUUCUGACAUGCUGUGAUAGGCCAGGCUGGAGACCACCGACCUUGACCGGGAAGGUUUUUGAAGGCAGGAAGCACCUUAUAUUCAUCCUUGAAUGCCUAGGGAAGACCCUUCACAGGAUGAAAAUGCCCAGAAUCUAUUUGUUGGCAGGUGAACGUGGUCUAUUGGUAGUAAAUUGAGUAUGUACUAUGGCGCGGGGCAUGAGGCAAAGCCCUUUAUGAAUAAUUCCAUUCAGCUUUUCGAAAACCCCAUCAGGAGGGGUGUAGAAUCCCCAUUUUACAGCUAAGAAAUUGAGGUGCAGGGAACUGUAAAAUGACUUUCCUGAGCUCAUCUGGCUGGGAAGUGGGGGAUGGUGGAAAGCGGGACAGACUGGCAUCUCUGGGCAGGCAGGACCUGGCCUCGUCCUGGGGCCUGUCCCCGCUCAUCAGCCCAACCAGAGCCUCGUCAUCAGAGGAUGCCAGGGUGGCCGAGACAUUUACCAAGGAAAGAUCCUUUGUGCUGGAGUGAAAGGAUCCUUUAAAAAUGAUCACCAGCUCCCCUCGUUACCUCCGGAGACCGAGUCCUUGCUGAUUUUUUUUUUUCCCUUCUUUAUCUCAAGUACAUUUAAAUGUCAAUUAAAUUUGAAAUAUCUACAUUUGUCAGCAUUUCAUUUUGGGCCAGCGUGACGUGCUGCUGAUUUGUCCACGCGAUGUGACACAUGAAAAAAACUCUCAAGAUGCAGAUCUUCCUCAUUAAAAAAUAAGCCCGUGCGAUCCCGGCGAGGCGGAGAGCCACAGAGCACGUCCCUGCUUCCUGACGCCGUGUCUCUGACAUGGUAUUUAAAAAGGAACAGCCGCGCCUGUCACCACUGUCACACGCGCCCGCUAACCGGCGACACGUUAAACCAAACAUUAGAAAGGGUUCGGGAAGUCAUCUGCAUGGGAACUCCGAGCCGAGAUGAGGUGGGCAGAGGCGGGAGCAGCCGUGGGAGACGAUGGGGUCUGAAUGGUGAUGGACAGCGGGCCUUUCUUUCUUGCCAAGACUCCGGCAGCCCUCGCCGGGUAGCCAAGUUCACCACGACCUGCCUUUUCACAGACAGCUCUUUGUGUGUAAGAAAAUCCAGGCAAGUGGUGGGUGGCAGACUGCAGGGUAGUCGCUGAAUUGGGUUAAUGAGGGAAGAGGUACACUUUUUUUUUUUCCCCUCAUAUUCUGCCUUAAGCUAAUAAAAAAUUUAAACCUGGACAUUUUCAACGAUUCGUCCUUUAUCUCUGACAAAUAUCUGGCUGUAUGUUUCAUAGGAGGACAUGAGCAGCCGAAUUUAAAUAAGUUUAUUUUGAAAUCUCACUUCUUAUUAGAAGUAGAAGGGGGAAAGCCCUACCCCUUCUUUCAUUGUUUCAGGUCUGCAGGACUGAAGAGGCAGGACCCCAAAGUGGUUUCGAGUCAGGCAGACCCAGAUUCCUGGCUCUACGAAGAGCCGCUGUGUGACAGUGGGCCAGUGACUACGCCUCUCUGAGCUUUGGCUUUUCUAUCCACAAAGGGAGGAUGUGAUCAGGAAUUAAUGAGAAACUGUACAAACGACAUUUAGCCUAACACUUGUAAGUACAGCCAGUCUCACCACCGUCAUCCAUGUGGCCCGAAGCCUGAAAAAAAACACCGAUCAGACCAAACCACCCCUGGCAAGGUUCUCUGUCACUCUGGAGAGAGAGAUGGUGUGUUAAGGAGACACCCCGGGCCUCUUACUGAAGCCACAACCCAGCCCGCCUGGUCUGGCCAGGAGAGCUGACUGGUGAGGGAAAGUGGUUUGUGAGCUGGAAGCUGAGGUUCCCUCUUCCCCUUCUGGCCCCCCCAGGGCCCGCUCCACCACCACACCGGUGUGGGAGGACAUGGGAUUGGACAGGACUGUGAACUCCAGCGGCCUGGCUGGGUGAAGCCACGGUCCAGCCCAGCACAGAGGCUCUCUGCUCGCACGCUAAUCCAGACACUCCUGGCAGCUCAUGUGCGGAGCUGUGAUCUCGGCUUCCUCGUCAGAGCCAGAGGAGGGGAGCACGCUCGGACGGGGGCACGUCCCCCUCACGCACGUCUGCCACCAGCCUGGCUGACGGGGAUGUGAGGGUCCUGGCCUGGAACCCCUGCUUGUCACUUCCUGGCCAGGGCCUGUGGUCGCGUCUCUCCUCAUGGUGAUUCCCAGCGCUCAGCCGGCACUGGGUCUGCUCGCAACAAGUGCUCCGGAAGUACAUCUUGGUUGGGUGUGCAGAUGGAUGGACGGAUGGACGGAUGGACUAAUGACAGGCUCGUCCUCCAUAAAAUCAGUGCAGCGAAGCCUUCCCGCUAGGCUGCUGGGAGGGGUGGAAGUCACCCAUGUGAAGCCCCUCGAUGUUAUCGUAAACCUUUUUCUGAGAUUCCCGCCUGCUCCUCUACCCCCAAAUGUGGUCCCAUUCUACCAUCUCAGCAUCUCAGAGGACAGAUGAGGACCCCAGGGGACACUUUUCUGCUGCGGCCGCAAGCGGAUGGAAGGGACAGGUGCUGUUCUGGGGCUCCAGGAAGAUAGGGGACGGGGUGGGGCCUGCCUUGUCUCCCCAGCGCACUGGCUUCCGUUCCUGCAAUCACGAACCUCCAUUGCACAAACGUGCCGCACGUGGGGGUCAAGAGAAGGACGAGCCAGGCCACAGCCCUUGAGGACCUCGACUCAGAAACGGAACUGCAGGAAGUUCAGGGAUACCAAUGAAGUGCCCCAACACGCAGCCCAAGGGGGACGCGAACUCCAUCUGGGGGAGGACUCCAGCUGGGAGUUCCAGGAAGGCUUUCGAGAACACCAAGCGAGCCGGGUCUUCAGACCGAAGAGCAGUCAGUGCACCAGGCCGAGGCGACAGGGGGUUCUGUGGGCUGUGCAGGGGAGGGCAGGAGGAGGCAGCAGAAGUGGACAGGGCUGGGCAGACAGCACGGUGUCUACCCUGCAUGGAGCCUGGGCUUGGCCCUGCCUCCCCACAGACCUCGCCCCUGCCCACCCAGCACAUUCCACAAGCUCCCCAGUGUGGAGCCUGAGGCCAGGGUACCUGUCUAUCCCUCUAGCCCUCCUCACCUGUCUGGGAAAUCCACCCAGUGCUAGAAGUGAGUGCAUCCCCCUAACUUUUAAACGGUUGAGUAAACCAUUCUGUAAAUGUCUGAACCUCAUUGUUCCGAACCCUUAACGGGUUUACUCUCCACACAACCAAUGCCCUCGGCAUUGCUACUGGGGCCAUGCACGUGCAGGCGUUAAGCAGGAGAGUGACAAGGUUGGGUCUGUGAUGCACAGCAGGGUUCCAGUAGCUGCACGAAGUGGUCCUUUUUGCCACACCGUGUUUUAGGUCCCAGGGGAUGUGGCAGGAGCCGGGCGGCCUUGAUUCUGUGGGUCACAUCGUCCUGCCCUCUUUCCUGACACCAGAGGAAAACAUGCGACCUAAGCCAAUGCUCUCUCUGGUCCAGGAAGGGCUGCGUCCCUUACCAUCCAGGGAGGUGGCCUGGGCAAGGACAGGAGUUCGGUGACCCGCCACCUCCCUGUCCCUGUUCGCGACCCUGGCCAAGCGGAUUCCCUUCUCUGAGCCUUGGUCUCCGCUUCAGUAUGAGGGCAAAGCUCUUAGCCUGCCUGACGUGCAAGGAUAACACGAGGAGGGAGGGUCGAGGUGGGCACAGGCCGGGGAGCUCUGCAGCGCUGGGGGCCAGCCCUGGUUCUACUUACAGAAGAUGAGCGCAUCGCUGGAGACAACUGGCUUGGCACCUGACGGCAGGUCACGGCACAACCCGCUCUCCCGGUCCCUCACCACCCUCCAGCGUGGUUCCCAUUCACUUUUUCAGACGGGGCGCCCUUUUUUGCCAUGAAACCCAGAAGGAACUGCGUCAGAAAGCAGAGAAAGGACCUGCUGUGUCCAGGGGUGGGGAGAGAGGAGACUGCCCCCAGCUCGGACACCCCUACACUUCCCGCCCCACCCUCUCCCGAACUUCACCCCCCACCCCCGGGGAUUCUUGGAGCCCGUCCAGCGGCUGCGGGGGGCCAGAUGGGACCCGAGCUUGCUGGGUCCGGCUCCCCUCUCGCAAGCCGUCCACUCGUGGGCCCAGGUCGGUGUAUAAUUCAUGGUGGCCGCGUGGACUUUCUCGGGGCUGCGCGGUGUUUGUGUUUAUGGAGGUAGCGCUCACAGGUGGCUGACAAGGGAGAUGUAUUUUUUAUAACAAUGAAUAUUUAAUUUCCACAUCACAGAUGAAAAGACUCUCUGAAGAGGCGUGUGAGAGAGACUCGGGAGAGCAGCCGCUAAUCAGGAGGGGGCCCUCUAGCCCGAGCCCCUCCACGUGGCUCACUUUGUUCUGUAACUUUCUGUUUUUAUGUUUUCCUGCUUACUGAAGUUGAUACGCGCAUUGUGGAAAGUGCAGAAGACACGGAAAAAUUAAAGGAGGCCGGGUGGGGGGAUGUCACCCCCGAGCCCCCUAGCUUUUGUCGACAUGUACAUACAUCCCUUUCCAGUCUUUUUUCCCUGCUUUUUUUCAUAAGUAGGUGAGAGAGAAUGUAGUCUAAUCACAGUUCUGCAUCGUGGUGUGGAGGUUUUUCUCUUUUAUAAACAUUCUGGGUGAUGGGUGACUCCUUUUUGGCCAAGUAUACGGGAAUUCACCAGCCUCCUAUUGCUGGAAACGUAGGACGUGCCGUGUUUGAAGAUUGUGAGCAAAGCAGCAGUGAACGUCUUUGUGCAUUGUUCUUUGCUACAUUUGGGGUUAUCUCAAUGGAAGGGGAGGGUAUGAGGUCAUAGGAGAGUGGAUCACAUGUUUGGCAAACACUCGGCUUCUUUCCU